GGGGAUCGAACCCGGGUCACCCGCGUGACAGGCGGGAAUACUUACCACUAUACUACAACGACCUUGUUGCUUAAACAAUCAAAUCAUUCAUUAAAAUUACUUUUUAAGUAAUCAGUAGUUAAACCCAUGGCUGUUCGAAACUACAAAUUAAUGGCCUGAUAAGGCCCUUAUAAGGCCCAAAUCAUUAGUAACUCACUUACACUGAUUUACCGAAAAUGCCCUUACACAUCAGGAAGUCGCCUGAUACUGGAAUUUUCACUUUCUCAAAUCAAAUCCGAUUGAAAAACCCCUAACAUUCGAAUCCCUCUCUUCAAUUCCGAGAUCUGAAUUUAAGGAUCUCAAAUUGGUGGAAGCAUUCAAAGAGGAUGACGAAGGAUUUCCCAAUUCCACCGGUUGUUUUCCCUCCCAGUGGAUCAUCUCCGGCCACCGCAAAUGUUCAGCAACGCCGAGUUCCCACAGCUCCUUACCAACCACCACGUUCUUCCCCCGGUUCAUUUUCAAUCCCUUUCAUGCCGUCUGAAAUCGGAUCCUCCGUCGCCACUUCAAUGCCGGCCGGACCAUUCAGCGGAACAAUCUCUUCUUCUUCAUCUUUCGGUAGAGGAGUCUCUGCUUCGUUUGAAGAUGAGGAGCCUUUACUCGACGAGCUCGGUAUCCAUCCAGAUCAAAUCUGGAAGAAAACUAGAUCGAUUCUUAAUCCCUUCAGGAUUAAUCAGACUGUUCACAAAGAUUCAGAUCUCUCGGGUCCGAUCUUCUUGUACCUUGCGCUUUGCUUAUUUCAGCUUCUCGCUGGGAAGAUUCAGUUUGGUGUUAUACUUGGUUGGGUUGUUGUUUCGUCUAUCUUCUUGUACAUUGUCUUCAAUAUGCUUGCUGGUCGAAAUGGGAAUCUUAAUCUUCAUACUUGUACGAGCUUAGUUGGUUACUCUCUGCUUCCGGUUGUGAUUUUGUCGGCGGUGUCGUUGUUUUUGCCACAAGGUGCAGGUCCGGUUCGGUUUGUGCUCGGUGCGGCGUUCGUGUUGUGGGCUACUAGAGCUUGUUCUAAUCUGGUGGUGUCUCUUGCUGAUGGAGGAGAAGAGCACCGUGGAUUGAUAUCGUAUGCCUGUUUCUUGAUCUAUACUUUGUUUUCGCUUCUCGUUAUCUUUUGAUUCCUUGCUUUCGAAUAUUGAUAGAUGGAUUGUUGAUCUUUCCGGUGCCAUUACGGAGUAGCUUAAUGUGAAAUCUUGAAAAGUGUUUGUGGUGAAAUAGCUGAGACAUUGUAAAGGUUUUUUGAUAAUUUUAGAGGAAGUUGUUGUUGAUGUGGUUUAAGUAAUUGGAUUUGAUGUUCUUAUAGAUCUCUUUCGAUUAGAAAUCUCGAAACGUUUAUGCUA